UGUUUUCAUUCUGGCGCCAAAAUGUAGUGCCAACAAGUAACAUAUAACAAAGUCAAGUGUUAAUGUUUAUUUUCUAUUUAAGUGUUUUUUUUAUUAAUUAAAAAUCAGUUAUUUUGACAUAAAAAUUAUUAUAACCAUGAAGGAUCUUACUCAUUAUUUUGCUGAUCCAUUAAAAUCACCGGAUACACAAUCCACAGUAUCUAAAGAGGUUAAUGAUGUAAAAUUAUCAGAAAAAUCAACGAAAUCUAAUUCUACUACGAAAAAACGUGGAAGAAAAAAAAAGAAAUCAACAUCUCCUAAUUGCAAUGAGUCAAAAAAAAAUAAAUGUGAGUUAGAUAUAGAAAUUAGUAAACCUACAGCUAAAGCUAUAAAUGGUGGUGGUAUUGGUAUGGAUAACAAUGUACAUAACACUCCAACAGCAACUUGUGUAAAGGAUAAAAAAGAAAAAAUUAUUAGUGAAGGUUCUACAGAUUUGAACUCUGAAAAAAAUGUAAAUAAUCUUUCUCCAGACAAUUUAGAAAGAAAAAAAAAUAAUGCCACAGAAUCCCAACAGAAUGGACAUGAAACAAAUGGUUUUGUACAAAACAAUGAAAAUGGUUGUAUUAUUAAGAAUGAUAAAAAUGAAGAAAACAAUGGAAUGUCACAUGUGGAAAAAAAUGAAAAUUCAUCGGAACAGAUUUUAGAAACAGUGAAACCGGAAGAUUCUAAAAUUCAAAAAGAGAAAAAGAAAAGACGUAAAGAAAAUGUAAAAGCCCUUGCUGAUAAGAAAGGAUUUACUAAACGAAAAGAAAUGGAAGAUAAAGAAACCGAAGAAAUGGAAAAAACUUUACAAUCACGUAAAAAUGUAUUUACUGAUGUUCCAAAGAGAGAUGAAAAUCUACCUGAAAUUGUUCACAAACCUCCAGCAUAUAGUUUAUUAAAUUAUUUCAGUAAAUCAACACCAGAGCAGAGAUUAAAAGAAGAAGCAGCAAAAUGUAAAAUAUCCGUUAAAGCCGAUGUACAUUCUCCCAAAGAAGAUAUCUCAGAUACACCACCAAAUUCUACACCAAUAUCGCGUCCAAAAAAUUCCCAAAAAAAGAAAAAAAAAGCUGAAAUAAAGAAAGCACUCUCUCAAAUGGAUGAAAUACAAUUUAUAAGAUCUGAAAGUAUAAGCCCACCGCCUGUGCUACAAGAGAAGAAAAAAAUCAAUAAACCAAAAUGGAAAAUACAGUUUCAAAAUGAUAAUUUUGCAGAUUCUGGAAAUGACAGUGAGACUUCAUCUCCAAAACGAAAAUUAAAAAUACAAAAUGAAAAUAAAAAAUCAGAUGAAAUUAAUGAUAAAACAUCAACAGUUUUAAAAGCAAUUGAAAAUGCAACAAAAGUAGAAAAUUCUGAUACAGAAAUUACACCAACAAGAAGAUCUCUAAGAUGUAAAGCACGUAAAAAAAUAAAAGAUACAUUGAAUAUUGAUGAUUGUAACGAAUUGGACAAAGUCGAUAAAUUGAAAAAUUUGGACUCUAAAAUUAAUGAUAAUAAUGAAUCAUUUGAUGGUGAUAUAAUAAUUCUUAAGGAAGUUGAAACAAAACGAUCGGCACCAGAAAAAAUUGCACCACUUUUUAUUAAAAAACGAAAAUUAGAUCCAGCUGUUCUUGAAGCUCGUCGAAUAUUUUUACAAUCAGAUAUGAUAGAAAAUGAAAAUCGUCCAACAAAACGAAAACCAAGUCCCAUUCGUAAUCCUACAUUACCAUUUCCAAUAAUUACACACAUUACUCAGCUGGAUUCUGAAAAUAAUCAUUUUGAAACUAAUGAAAUUAAAUUACCAAUGAAAUCAAUUUCAAAUUAUUUACUUUCACUGGAUGUAAGUAAAUUUAAUAAUAUGACAAAGAUCAAUUGUUUGCCUUUGGAACGAUGUUUAACGACUUUUGACACAACCAAUUUGAAUAUUGAAGAAUCAUUGAAUGAAAUUGAAACACGUUGUAAUGAUGCAAGGAAAAUGUGGAAAAAUAUAUCGUUAACGGGAAAAGGUGAAAAUUUAAAAAAAUCUCCAAAAGUACGUACAUCAAAACGUCGAUCAUCAAGUAAAAAAAUUGUGAUUGAAGAAGAGGAAAAUGUCGAUAAUGUUUGGAUUCAUAAAUAUAAACCAAGAAGCAUUGAAGAAAUCGUUGGCAAUGAGGAACCAGCAGGAAAAUUGAAAAAUUGGUUAGAAAAAUGGAAAAUACCAUCGAGAAGAAAUAUUGAUAAUAGCGAUGAUGAUGAUUUUUAUUCGUCUGAUUGUUCGAGUACAUGCUCUAGUGCUGAUUAUAAUCAAGUUGCAAUUUUAAUUGGUCCUUACGGCUGUGGAAAAACUGCGAGUGUUUAUGCAGCCGCUGAAGAAUUAGGUUACAGUAUUUUGGAAAUAAAUGCCUCAUCUCGACGAACAGGUAAGAAAAUUCUCAAGGAAUUGGAGGAAGCGACAAAAUCGCAUAGAAUUAAAAAAUCAGAUAUGAAGCAAACAUUAUUAAAAUCAAAAGUUGAGGAGAAAAAAAUUCCUCAAAAUUCAUUGAUACUGAUGGAGGAUGUGAAUAUUAUUUUCGAAGAAGAUGAGGGUUUUAUUUCGGCCGCUUGUCAUUUGGCUUCGAAUACAAAACGUCCAAUAGUUAUGACUUGCAGUGAGAAAUGUUCUCAUUUAAAUAAAUUAGCACCCCAACAAAUUCAAAUUAAAUUCCAAAGUACUUCCGGUGAUCGUGCCUCGGCUUUAUUGGAAUUGAUUUCCCUGGCUGAAACUGGACGAAAACUCUCCCUCUCUUGUGUUGAGAAUCUUUUGGCGAGUGGCGAUUUGAGAAAAGCUUUACUUCAACUCCAGUAUUUAUUGUCAACUGGAGAUUCACAUGUUUUACCACCUUUAGUCGAUACUCAUAAUCGUAAUGGUAUUUCUCUUUGGCAAAAAGUCCCUCAGUGUAUAUAUAAAUCGGCAAUUAAGGAAAGUAAACGACGAAAGAAAAUAUCAUCACAGGAAACUGCCAAGGAUGUGGAUAUUUUGAAUCAAAUAGCCAAUGAUCUUGAGAAUGUAUCAUUAAUAUCAACAUUAAUUGAACUCGAUGAUAUUUCACUUAAUUAUCAAAAUUUAAAAUCAGUUAUGAAUUUAUCAAUAACUGAGGAUAUGAGAUCUUAUUCACAUACAAAGAGUAUAAGUUCAAAUAUUGCCGAUUGGUUGACUAGUGAAAUAAUGCAAAAAAAAGAAGAUACCGAACAAAAUUCAACGAAAAUUUUAUCAUCAAUGCUAAAACGAAGAAAAGCUGUUAAUGGCAUAAAUUCCGUAUUAUCGACAAUAACCUCAUUUAAUGAUCAAAGAAUUUUAUCAGAAGAUUAUUUACCCAGUAUUCGUACAAUUUGUAGAGCUGAGGAAUUACGAAAUUCUUCAAAUAAUAAAAGGGGAAAUAGAUUUUUUCACUAUCUCAAUGGAACAAAAUUACCAUCAAAUUCCACGAAUAUUCUGACAGCUUCUUGUAAAAUUUUUCAGGAGAAAUCAGAAUAAUUUUUUUUAAAACGAUCUCUUGUGUAAUAUAUCCUUUUUUUAAGAUAAGUAUUUUUAUAAAAAUAACGCAUUCUAUAAAGUGCCUCUGUAAACAUUUUUUUUUAAGUUUUACAUAGCAUGUCACGAGUCAUAUACACUCUACAUUU